GAUGGUUCUUUCGCUUAAAAAGUGCUCUAACAGUGAAUGCAUGGAAUUAAAUGUCUAUAUUUUUGUAAAUCUAUGCUGUUAAUGAUGAAUAACUUGAGUUAGUCUGAUUUUAUAAAAACAUGUUUUACCCUGUAAGAUAUAGUCAGACUUUCUAUCAUCACGACUGGCUCAUAAAGCUGCAGCAUAGAAAGCCAACAUGAUUACACACCCUUUAACUGGUUUUAUUGUUCAGCUAAACAGAUUAAGACUGAUCAGCUAAUUACGAGCUGGCAGGCUGAGUGGUUCAUGAUGCGUAGUUAGCCACUGAGGUCCAAUAAUCAAUCUUCAGAAGGGGUUACACUGCUGGUGGUCUUUAAGGCUCAUCUCUACAAAGAAACAUGAAACAUCAUCUACGGCUGAAAGUGCAACAUUACAACCAGUUUCUGUUCAUGAAAAACUUUUUCAGUUUCUAUUGUAUUCAUAGUUUUUAUUUGAUUUGGAUUUGUUUAUAAAUGUGCUUAGAAAUAAAUGUUUCUUGUCUUUACGCGUCACACACCUACCAGAGCAUCAAAAACCGAUCAAUUAGGUCUCUCCCCCCACCACCCCUCUCUCUAUUCCAUAAACUGAUCAUUAUCCGCCCACCUCAGCUCUGAUUUGACAAAAGUCUUGUCACGAUAAACCUCACCCAUUCAGCCUAUAUAAGACCCGGAACGUGUUCCCAGAGUCAAAUAAAAUAAAAAAAACUGACCUGAAAAGCUGCGUUUUCUUCCCGUGCGUAAAACCAAAAACAGUGCCAAGACGAUCCCAAACAUGGAGAGGUCGGUCAGAUUCGCCGUGGUGUGUGUCGGAGUGUCCCUGCUCAUCUCCUGUCAGUCCGUCGAAGCCUGGUACAAGCAGUCCACCGGGCCCAGCUACUACUCGGUGGGUCGCGCCUCGGGUCUGCUGUCCGGGAUGAGGAGGUCUCCGUACGUCCGCAGAGCCGAGAGCGAAGAGACGGUGACGGAGAGCGGGGAGGUGGCGGGUAACAACGUCAUCUCAGAGGCGAACAGGCAAAUAUCCAUCCUUAAAAACAUGGCCAUCUGCCUGAAAGACAUCUCUCCAAACUUGAAGAGCUGCGAGCUGGUGCAGGACGGGUCGGGCACCUUCCAGUGUAAGGCGGACGUCUUCAUCACUCUGGACUCACUGGACUGCCUGUCCGCGUGAGAAGCGCUCGCGGACGCGUCUCGUCAUCCCCCCAAAACCGAGGAGAGCCUCUCUGGAAAAGCGUGAAAUAAAACCAAACAAAUGGGAGGAUGGUGGGCCAGUGGAAAACCUGCUGAUUGUUAAUGACGGACCGCUGCGGAUUCUGAAUGUUUUCUCCUUAAAACAAAUAAAUGUUCCUUUUUGUUUUGGUUGAGUAGACAGCAGUGUAAAAAAAAAAA